GGCAGUGAAAAGUUUUUUUUUGCAAAUCACUUUUGCUGUCCGCUUCAUUCAGUUUUCAAGUCAACUCGACUCGACUUUAACUUAUUGUUUUUAAGACUUGUUUGUUUGUUUGUUUGUUUCAUUAAAGGUUGAAAGAGAUGCAAAACUUUCAAUCAAACCCUUUUAGUGACUAUCAUCAAAGUUACAACUUUUACCAACAUCAAUAUCAAACAACAACACCUUCAUCCUAUUUCAAUGAUUCACAAAUGGCAGACAAUUUAACCGAUUUUUCAACCUGUUCUUCUUAUCCACUUCCACCUCACCCUCAUCAUUAUCAUCAUCAUCAACUUCAUCAACAUCACCAACAUCAUCAACACCAUCAACAUCAUCAUACACCACCUUCAUUUUUGGAUCAAAUUACCAGUGACCACGAGAAUCAACACCAUUCAUCCUUUUUAAAUCAAACAUCCAACGGUGAUCAUCAUCAUUUACCUGAUGUACCUUCAACCACUCUAUCAUCAUCUUCAUCACCUUCCACUACAUCCAUCACAACCAGCUGGAAGACUUCAGUUUCAAAUCCUUCGUCGGGUAAAACUCGAACUCGUGAUAAAUACCGAGUUGUUUAUAGUGAGAAGCAACGGUUAGAACUCGAAAAAGAGUUCUAUUCGUCUAAAUACAUCACAAUCAAACGUAAAAGUGAAUUGGCUAAUCAACUAUCAUUGACGGAGCGACAAGUAAAAAUUUGGUUUCAAAAUCGACGUGCCAAAGACAGGAAACAAAACAAAAAAAAGGAAAAUAAAAAUAAUUAUUAACUAUUAAUUAUUGAUUAUUAAUUAAUAAAUUUCACUUUUUAAAUCAA